CGUCGCGUACCUCUUCAUUUGAACGAAUCGAAAAUGCCAAAUCCUGAGAAGUCUAUCUUUCACGUUGUUGUGAAUUGAAGUCAGUUUGAGCUAGCAGAGUUUGUUUGGAGUAGGGAUCAGUGGAGUGCCAUAAUCAUAAACCCCUGGACCUAGAAUUGAGCUAGCUUUCUAUGAAAGCCAAGUGCAGGCUGCUUUUUUUUUUUUCGAACAGCACCCACUGAAAAGGCAGUCGACGAGAAGUAACCAAUUAAAUAGCCAUGGCCUUCAAUGACUUAGUUGGAGGUGAAUGUGGUGGUGCAAACCCACUGAUGAAACUUACCUCCCACUUCACUCAUGAUAAGUCCCUGCGACAGGAGGGCCUUGCACCUGCCAUUGAGCUUCAUCAGCAGGAGCCGGCAGCCAUGGUAGCAGCAAACACAUUUCACAUGCAACAUUUGCUCAACAGCAUACAGUCAUCUAACCCAGCGGCGGCGGCGGUGGCAUCGGCAGCACUGACCGGUGACAUGCAACGCUCCCAUGGUGCUGCACCCAUUGACAUGGCAGCACGCUGGCAUGAAGCACACAUGCACGGUGCUGCUGGUGGUGGUGGUGCUGGUGCUGUGGUGUCCACUGCCCCUCUCCACGCAGCCAUACACAGCGCGAAGCCUCAACUCUCAACACAACGGGGAAAUGUCGCGGCAGGCUGGGCUCCCCCGCCGUAUCUAGCGCAUCCGGGUCUGAGACAGUCGCUGGCCAGUAUGCCAAUGCUACAGCAACAACCACAGCAAACCUGGAGUAAAGAAGCAGCCGCCCAAUGGGAAGCUGACUUCAAGGCGAAAGAAGCAGCAGAAACGGAGAUAACAGAGGAUGGUGAAACGGAAUUGCAACGUACAGCAAAGAACCUGCUGUCUGAGAUGGAGGAGACGCCUGCUGCCGACACAGGUUUUGCUGAUUUUGUUCGAUCAGUUGGUAAUGGAGAGUUAAGCUUUGAUGAGAACGGGGCAGCGGCCGCUACUGCCAGUCGUUGGACAGAAGAAUUCCUCAGGACUCGAAAUGAGGAGGCUGAAGAAACUGACACCCGGGCAAACCCUGCAUACUGGGAAAACCUGCAGAAGGAGUGGGAGAAACUUGCUCAAGAACAGUCUAAUGAUUUCCCUUGGUUAGAAGAGCACGAGCAGGACUUUGCGCAGAAGGAGUAUGAGUUUCACAAGGACAAUGAGUUUCUCGAUCACACCAACCCACUAGAGGAGGGUCUCAAGAAACUGCAGGAAGGCGAUCUUGCCAGUGCUAUCCUGUACUUUGAAGCUGAGGUCAAAGCACGGCCGGACAGCAUACAGGGCUGGCAGUAUCUUGGGACAACUCUAGCAAACAAUGAACAGGAACCUGAGGCCAUCAUUGCCCUCAAGAAGUGUUUAUCUUUGGAGAGUGGCAAUUUGACUGCACUUAUGACAUUGGCAGUUGGUCUCACCAAUGAGAACUACCCUUUGCAAGCAUGUGAUACUCUAUGUGAAUGGGUAAAAGCUAAUCCUGCAUAUUCCCACCUUGCUGCAACGAGCGCCGACAUUCCGGAAUCGGCUGAUGCUCGGGCAAGUAGCUUAAUGUCACAAUCUAAAUUCCAGCAUGCCCAGCAGCUAUUUCUGGAUGCAGCGCGCAUUUCACCAGAUAAACUGGAUGCAGAUGUCCAGGUCGGUCUGGGUGUGCUGUUUCAUCUGGCUCUGGAGUAUGAUAAGGCUAUCGACUGUUUUACGGCUGCAGUACAUGCUCAACCUGAUAAUGCACACCUUUGGAACAAGCUCGGUGCCACGUUAGCAAACUCAAAUCGCAGUGCUGAGGCUGUAGAUGCGUAUCGACAAGCAUUGGCUCUGUCACCAGGCUUCAUUCGCUGUCGCUACAACCUCGGUAUCAGCUGCAUGAACCUCGGUGCACAUAAGGAAGCAUCGGAGCAUUUUGUCAGCUCCCUCGACCAGCAGCGACAGGGACGUGCACUUGAUGGGCAACGCUCGACAAUGUCAGACAGUAUAUGGAGAACACUUCGCACGUGCUUGGUGCUUCUAGGCGGCGACCGUAAUCUCCUGCGUCUGGCUGACGAUUUCGACCUGGAUGGUCUGAUCAAGGAGAUGGGUAUUCAGCGCAUCUAACUUAUUACUAUGAUUUUGACCUGGAUGGUCUGAUCAAUUAGAUGGGUAUUCAGCGCAUCUAACUUCUCACUAUAGAGCCAUAACGAUGACCGACAUGUGCUGGUCGUCUACUUCUUCUCUGGCUCUUCGCAUAGUUCCACUGCUGGGUACAGUGGAACACCUGACCACCUUCAUGUGUGGGUAGCACUGUAGAUUGAUGCUUAAUUUUAAAACACUCUAUUUCGAAGAUUACCCCUCUAUAGUGGUAGACUAGUGCUGGCUCACUUAAUUCUGGCUGUCUUGCUUGCAUACAGCCUGUUAUAAUGACUUAUAGAAUGUGUUGUAAACUUGUAAUUUACCAAUUUCAUUGCAAAAAUGUCCCGAAUGGUGUGCACACAAGCGCGAAGGAGGCGCAUGUAGAG